AGAGCUUGUAGUUGUGUCUUGUGCAUGUAUUUAGCAAAUUAUAUCCAUAUCAGGGAUGUUCGUUCCUUUAUAUAGAAAAGUUGGCACCUGAUUCGCUGUCUUGCGCAAUGGAACAGGCUGAUUGUGAAAAGUUGACAAAAGAAUGGAGAGGCAUGGACUUCGGCCCUCGCCCGCCUCCCUCCUUUCCUUUUCUCUCCUCUGCAAUUGCCAACGCACGGCCCAAGAGCCAGACCUCCUCAACACCAUACAAAAAAAGGUGCUUGGGAAAAUGUGCCUGGUGUCCUUCUAAUGAGUCCAUAACUCUCUGCACCUACUCUUUCUUUUUUGAACCAGGUCAAAUUUGCAAGCACCCAAAAUGAGCGAAGUCAUGUCUGGUCUUGAUGUGAUCUCCAAGGAUGAAAGGAGAAUCAAGAUUGAAUCUCUAAAGAAGAAGGCACAAAAUGCCUCCACAAAGCUCAGGAGUUCUUUGACAAAAAAGGGUAGGAGAAGUAGCAAGGUCAUGUCUGUCUCCAUUGAGGAUGUGCGUAAUGCUGAGGAAAUGCAAGCUGUCGAUGCCUUCCGUCAGAUUCUCAUUUUGGAAGAGAUGCUACCUUCUAGUCAUGAUGACUAUCAUAAGAUGCUAAGAUUUCUCAAGGCCAGGAAAUUUGACAUUGAGAAAACAAAGCAGAUGUGGGCAGAUAUGCUCCAGUGGAGGAAGGAAUUUGGAGCAGACUCGAUUUUAGAGGAUUUUGAUUUCAAGGAAAUCGAUCAAGUCUUGGAAUAUUAUCCCCAAGGUCAUCAUGGUGUAGAUAAGGAAGGCAGGCCUGUCUAUAUUGAAAGGUUGGGUCAAAUUGAUCCCAACAAGCUGAUGCAAGUCACCACCAUGGAUCGUUAUGUUAAAUACCAUGUAAAGGAGUUCGAGAGAACUUUUUCUGUCAAGUUUCCAUCUUGUUCAAUUGCAGCAAAACGACACAUCGAUCAGAGCACAACCAUUAUUGAUGUUCAAGGAGUGGGUGUUAGACAAUUCACUAAAGCUGCAAGAGAACUAAUAGGUAGGAUUCAAAAAAUUGAUGGUGAUAAUUACCCAGAGACCUUGUGCCGCAUGUUCAUUGUCAAUGCAGGACAAGGAUUUAGGAUGCUUUGGAGUACUGUAAAAUCAUUCCUUGACCCCAAAACCACUGCCAAAAUCCAUGUUCUAGGAAACAAGUACCAGAGCAAGUUGCUUGAAGUAAUUGAUGCUAGUGAAUUGCCGGAAUUCCUUGGUGGCACUUGCAAUUGUGAAGGUGGAUGUCUACGGUCAGAUAAAGGUCCAUGGAAGGAUACUGAAAUCUUAAAGAUGGUGCAACAAGGUGCUGGAAGAUGUGGAUCACAACAUCUGACUUCUGAGGCCGAGGAAAAAACCAUUUCUGAAGAAGUAGUGUAUCCAAAGAAGGCUCCUGCAAAAUUCCCUUCACCAUGUCAAUAUGAUGAUUCUGUUCCAGUUGUGGACAAGGCUGUCGAUGCUAACUGGGACAAAGUACUUGAUGAAAAGCUUGCUGUCUCGCAAGGUUCAUAUGCUGCAUCCAAAAUUUUCAAAGCUCCAGAUGGAUUUAGCAAUCAUAUCCUUUCUGGUGUUGUGGCUUUGGUCAUGGGAGUUUUCACCAUUGCCCGUUUAGGAGGUACUGCACCAAGGAAGAUUUUCCAUUCAGUCGUUCGUUCUUCUGGAAAAUUCCACCAAAAGUUGCCAGCAACAACUGUCUCCGCCGAUGAAUUCUCUUGUGCAUUGAAACGCCUUAGUGAUCUUGAAGAGAAGGUGGCUGUUCUCAGCAUGAAACCAACUGAGAUGCCACCUGAGAAGGAGGAGAUGUUAAAUUCUGCCGUCAAGCGCGUGGAUGCUUUGGAGGUAGAGCUUGCUGAAACAAAGAAGGCUUUGGAGGAUGCCAUGGAGAAACAGAAGGAGCUUCUUGCUUACAUUGAGAAGAGAAAGAAGAAGAAGUUUAAUCCAUUUUGCUGGAAAAAAUGAGGAACAGAAGAGCCCCGGUCUACUGAAACAAAGAUGUGAAUUUGGAACGAGAAGAGAUCCUUGUUUCAAUAUUCUAAUGAGUGAACUUCCAAUUUUCUUAGCUUGUAUUAGCAUGACAUCUAAAGCUUGAGCUGACUAAUGUGUAUACAAAACCAUGCCUUUUUCUGUAUCAUAUUGUUUGUCCUGAACAAAGUGUUGUUUGUUGUGAAUAUCGAAUAUACUAAAUAAAGGCUCCGUUGUUUACCUUU